UCUUUCUGCAUUAUGAGUUUAAACCCCAACGUGACUGAACUAAGAAGCUCACUAACUGGCAGGCAGCACGUGAUGGCAGGGAGAAAAAGCCAUCUUGAUUCUGAAGGAUAUGAUAAUAUCCCCUGCGAGGAGAACCCAACUGAGCUUGUAAUGAGGAUGAGGACGGUUCAUGAAGAACUUAAAGAAGGAAAGAGGAGUCAGAGGACACAGAGGAAACUCCUGAUGGUUCUGGUGACCCUGCUGGUUCUUGUCUUCAUGUUCCUGAUAAUCCUUAUCGGCCUUGUGCAUCUAUACUAUUCCCGUAUAACAGAGGCUACGCUCAGUAUUAAGCAGGACAUACCAAAAGAGAUACGUCAGUGUGAUUCUGGCUGGAAAAAAUUUGAUGGAAACUGUUAUUAUAUUGUUACCACUAUGAAGAAUUGGACAGAGGCCCGGGCCAUUUGUAAAUCAAUGAACAGCGACCUGGUUGUUAUCAACAGUGAGAGGGAACAGAAAUUCCUUGAAAGUCUUACUGUUGAGUCAGAAUUUUGGAUUGGUCUCCGAAGGGAUAAGAAGGGUAUGGAUGAGUGGCGAUGGGUGGAUGGAACACUCCAAAAUCCAUCAGCGGGAUUCUGGAUGGAGGGGGAGCCGAAUAAUGAAUUUGGAUAUGAAGACUGUGUUCACAUGUGGAGAGACAAAAAGUGGAAUGAUAAAGUUUGCACCUUUCUGCAAAAAGCCUUCUGUGAGAAGUAAUGACAUACGACAUGGACAUCAGUUUUAUGAGCCCUGUAUUAGAAGGUCGAUGUCCAGAAAUAUCCUAAUAUGGUCCCUACAGCUGAAAGAAGCUCAGCAAUGUCAUAAUUUAAUACUGAUAUACAAAAGGGCUCCAAAUGCACCGAACACAACGGUUUGCUUAAAACUCGAUUUUUAUUGCUCCAUUUAAA